AUGGUUGAAGCAGAAUACGUGUGGAAGCCCAUUUUUGCCGGCCUCGAUGGAUGUGGGGGUUGGGAGCUGGGUCUUCUGGCUGCGGGCCGCCUCUUUGGAUAUACUGUGGAGAUAGUUGAUGGGGGUUCGGGGUCUGGCAAUCGCUUAGAGGAUGAAAGACGGGAGCGGUGUCAUAAUGAAAUACUUCUAAUCUAUGUCAUUCACAAAGUCAAUAAUUUCUGCACAGUUUGUUCCGGUUUGUGCGAUUACACCAACUCUUCCAAAGAACUCUUAUAA